UACGUCAACGGUCAGUAGCCAGAGAGAAAAAACAGCCGCUUCCGUGUUGUUCUUGUGUUAUUGUCGGUUAGCGGAGUCUGACAGCCUCCCCGGAGCCAGUUUAUCAUGAUCCUGUGAAGCUGACUCACACUUUCAGCUUUCUUUGAGCCGACAUGUCGCUGCUGCAGAGCUCCAAGAAGAAAGACAAGCGGAUUCUGUCCGGUACCUGCCCGGACCCGAAAUGUCAGGCGAGGCUCUUCUUCCCCGCUCACGGCUCCGUUAGCAUCGAGUGCACGGAGUGUGGUCAGCGACACGAACAGAAGAACCUGUUAAAUGUGGAGGAAGUGACCGACCCAGAUGUGGUUCUUCACAAUCUGCUCAGGAACGCCCUGCUCGGCGUCACCGGGGCCCCGAAGAAAGGCACGGAGCUGGUGAAGGUGAUGGGUCUGUCCAACUACCACUGCAAGCUGCUGUCCCCGGUCCUCACCCGGUACGGGAUGGAUAAACAAACCGGGAAAGCGAAGCUGCUGCGGGAGAUGAACCAGGGGGAGAUGUUUGACUGCUCUCUCCUCGGGGACAGAGCCUUCCUCAUCGAGCCGGACCAUGUCUCCACCAUGGGGUACGGGAAGGACCGGUCCGGGAGCCUCAUCUACCUCCACGACACCCUGGAGGAGGUGAAGAAAGCCAACAGCAACAGGGAGUGUCUGAUCCCGGUGCACGUGGACGGGGACGGGCACUGUCUGGUCCACGCCGUGUCCAGAGCGCUGGUGGGCAGAGAACUGUUCUGGCACGCCCUGAGAGAAAACCUGAAGCAGAACUUCAAGCAGAACCUGGACCGCUACAAGGCCCUCUUUCAGGAUUUUAUCGACGCGGCCGAGUGGGAGGACAUCAUCAACGAGUGCGACCCGCUUUUUGUCCCGCCUGAAGGCGUGCCGCUCGGGCUGCGCAACAUCCACAUCUUCGGUUUGGCCAACGUCCUCCACCGACCCAUCGUGCUGCUGGACUCGCUGAGCGGGAUGAGGAGCUCCGGCGACUAUUCGGCCACCUUCCUGCCGGGGCUGGUGGCCGAGGAGCAGUGCAGGGGGAAAGACGGGAAGCUCAACAAGCCCAUCUGCAUCGCCUGGAGCAGCUCGGGCAGGAACCACUACAUCCCCCUGGUGGGCAUCAAGAACAGCGUGCUGCCCAAGCUGCCCGCCCGCCUGCUGCCAAAGGCGUGGGGAAUCCCUCAGGAGCUCAUCAGGAAGUACAUCAAGCUGGAGCCCGACGGGAGCUGCGUGAUCGGCGGCGACCGCAGCCUGCAGGACAAAUACCUGAUGCGGCUGGUCAACGCCAUGGAGGAGGUGUUCAUGGAGAAGCACAGCAUCCACCCGUCGCUGGUGGCCGACGUGCACCAGUACGUGUACAGGCGGACCGGCGUGAUCGGCAUCCAGCCCGAGGAGGUGACGGAGGCGGCGAAGAAGUCGGUGGUGGAGAACCGGCUGCACCGCUGCCUGAUCUGCGGCGCGCUCUCCGAGCUCCACGUCCCCCCCGAGUGGCUGGUUCCCGGCGGGAAGCUCUACAACCUCGCCAAGUCCACCCACGGCCAGCUGCGGCCCGACAAGAACUACAGCUUCCCCCUCAACAACGUGGUGUGCUCCUACGACCCCCAGAGGGACGUCCUCGUGCCCGAUUACAAACUGAGCUCCCUCAACACCUGCAACUGGUGUCACGGCACCUCGGUCCGCCAUAUCCACGGGAACGGGUCGGUGGUGUACCUGGACGGGGACAGAACCAACACCCGCUCCCAGGGCGGGAAGUGCGGCUGCGGCUUUAAGCACUACUGGGAGGAGAAGGAGUACGACAACCUCCCCGAGGCCUUCCCCAUCACGCUGGAGUGGGGGGGUCGGGUGGUCAGAGAGACCGUGUACUGGUUCCAGUACGAGGGCGACGCCGCUCUCAACAGCAACGUGUACGACGUGGCCAUGAAGCUGGUCACCAAACACUUCCCGGGCGAGUUCGGCAGCGAGAUCCUGGUGCAGAAAGUCGUCAACACCAUCCUGCACCACACGGCCAAGAAGAACCCGGAUGAGUACAACCCGGUGUCCAUCGACGGGGCUCACGUCCAGCGGCUCACCGACGCCAUGGAGACCCCGCAGGCGGCCGACCCCCAGCCGCCCACCAAGAUCAUCCUGACGGGUCAGAAAGCGAAGACGAUCCACAAGGAGGAGCUGACGAUGAGCCGGGCCGAGCGCAGCAUCCAGCAGAGCGUCAGCGAGCAGGCUCUCGUCUCUCAGAAGAGACGGACGGACAAACUGAAGCAGGAGCAGACGCCGCGCGGCCGGACCACCUCCCCGAGCGGCUCGCCGGAAACCUCCUCCUCGUCCGCUCCCGCCACGCCCACCAAAUCCUCGUCCCCGUCGUCGUCCAGCAAGGAGAAGAAGAUCCGCGUGACCACCAGCGACGGCAGGCAGGCCAUGCUGACCCUGCAGGCGCACACCACCUUCUCCGAGCUGCAGGGGAGCAUCGCCAACCAGUUCGGCGUGCCGCCGCCGCAGCAGUGCAUCCGCUACGGCUUCCCGCCCAAAGAGCUGUCCCCGCCGAAGGACGGCGAGGAGAACGAGCCGGUGGCGCUGCAGCACGGCGACAGGGUGACCGUGGAGAUACUGAGGGGCCCCGAGGACCACAAGAGCCCCGCUUCCUCCAUACCCCGGGCCUCCAGCUCGCACUCGGCGCUGCACUCGGUGAAGAGCGAGGACGCCGGCAGGAUGAGCGCCCGGGAGCUUCAGGACGGCAUCGACCUUGAGAUGUCCUCCCUCUGUCUCCUCGCGACCUUGAUGGGUGAGGACGUCUGGUCAUACGCAAGGAAGCUGCCGCACUUAUUCCAGCAGGGCGGGGUCUUCUACAACAUCGUUAAGAAAGACAUGGGUUUGAUGGACGGGAAGCACUGCACGCUGCCUCACCUGACGGGGAAAACGUUUGUGUACAACGCCACAGAGGAGCGGCUGGAGCUCUGUGUGGACGCCGCCGGCCACUUCCCCGUCGGCCCCGACGUGGAGGAGCUGGUGAAGGAGGCGGUGGUCCAGCUGCGCUCUGAGACGGCCUCCAGGGGCAGCAGAGAGGGCAGCCCCUCCCACGGCCUGCUGCGCCUGGGCAGCGGCGGCGUGGUCAGGAAGAAGGAGCAGCUGCAGAGCGUCACCGCCUUCCAGGGUAAAGGUCACUCUCUGGGCAGCGCCGGCGGCUCCUCCCCUCCGGAGCACCGGCCUAUCACGCGUCAGCACAGCAGCGGCGUGGACCUGAGCGCCAGCGUGUCCCGAGGCCCCCCGGACCUGUCGGAAAUCCCAGAGGACGCCACCCGGGAGCUGGUGCGCAUGGCGCCAGGCUUCGUCACGAUGAAGGACGGACGCGGCCUGGACCCGAGCCUGAUGGAGCAGCAGAGGAAGAAGUUGCAGGAGAUGGUCUCCUCCAUCCAGGCAUCCAUGGAGCGCCACCUCAGAGAGCAGCAAAGCACCACUGCCGCAGGGGGCGGAGCCAGCCAGGAGCGGACAGGCGGGACUAAGACGGGCGUGAGCCAAACGACCGCCCACGACGCUCCGGCUGCAGCGGGAGCAACAGCGGGAGGGAAAACAGACGGGAAGGUGGAGGAGCCAGAGGAGAUGGAGAGUCAGGACGCCGCACAGAGCAACGCCUUCGAACCCAUGGACCACUCCUGAUCCCUCCUGACCCCUAAGCCCCGCCCUCCGCCCCUUCCUCUCGCCUCGCCUCACCCCGGGGUCACAGCGGCUCAGGAGGGAUCCUCAAGCUUUCGGUCUUCAUGGUGUUUGGUUGUCGUCAUGCAUGACUUCAGAGCGCCCGCAGCAGCUCUCUGCAGGGCGUCAGGAGGGGGCGGGGUCAGGUGGCACGUCCUCUGCGAUACGUCAUUAAAAAAAAAAAAACUCCUGAGGCCGCCGCCGCGUGUGUUUGACACUCUUUGCACUUUUGGUACACACUCUGUAACCCUCACUACAUUUGUUUGAUCGCUGCUUUGACAGAAAUUAUUUUUUGCCUUUUAGGAUAAAAAUCGUUCUCCUCGCGUGAUGAUGUUUCGUAAACGGGCCAUCUCCGCGGCGACGGGAUCCGAUCUUUAACCCCCCUGCGAGUCCCACCUGAAGACGUCCGGCUCCGGAUGCGGGAGACUCAUUCCUGUAGAUAGAAGAAAUCCUCCGAGUCUUAAAUCUGCCAACGGGGGGAAGAGGAGAGCUUGCUGGACGCCCCGGCGGCGUGAACAUGCUUCCUGUUAAAAGGUGCACGCUCUGCGGAGGGCGCCACGCCUCUCUGUACGCAUCAACGCCUUCAUCUACGCCCAGAAUAUCUGCUUCUCCACCUGCGGAGUGCCGAGUGAACUCUGGAUCUCAAAAAGCACUUUUCAUCAACCAUCAAUUGAAGUGGAUUUAGUUUCUCUACAUUCAGUGUGUCAGCGGCGACCCCUGCAGGCGAGGAGAGAAACUGCAGAGCUCGACAGUUUAAUUUAAGGUUUUUAGGUUUAUCAUUUGUCCGACCUUUGACCUUUGCAGAGUGAAUUUUACCUCUUUGUGUGAGAUUGUCUGCAGGACGAUGAUUUGUGUUCAUUCAUGUUUGCAGUAAAAAAAAAAAAAUGUUUUCCUUCCAGAUUCCUCGUGAAACUAAAUGAUUUAUUUCACCUCUUUUUUUUUUAGCCGGGGACAAAUGUCUAAAAAAAGGUGCAAAAAGUUGCGUCGGGAUGCAACUGUAGCUUUCUUCAUCCUGCAGCGUCUGCAACAUGAUCCUCCAGAGAGUCAAAGUGCGUCCACUCAAAGUCGUCGUUUUUGUCCCUGAGAGGCUCCGGUUGUUUUUUGACAUGACAGAAAAGAAUCCUUACAGAGACAGCUGUGACAUCACUCAGCAUUGCUGCUCUUCCUCCGCCCUGAUUGGUUGCUUUCUUUUCUGUUUUUGUGUGAUUUGGGGGUUUUUAAACUUCCACUCUGGAUCUGAAGCCGUUUCUGCGUCGCACAAACAAACAAGUUGACAGAUUCUGAACGAGGCAGAGCGGCACUUCCUGUGAUUGUAAAAUAACAUUUUCUCCUGCAGAGAAAUCUUUAUUCUUUAAGAAGUCAGAAAUCUCUUCAGUUUAACAAACGUCUGAUCUCUCCGUCGCUCGCAGCACCUAAAUUCAGAGUCAGACGACCUUCAGCUCGGCAUUGAUGGAGACAAAAUGUUCAAACUAUACAGAUCCAAAACAGUGCGCCAACAAAAGUCUUCCCCCCACGCCUCCGUGUUUCUCUUUGAAUGUGUGGUAGCUGCAGGAGGAACUCGACGUAGCGCCCGGCCUUAAAAUCUGUAACAUCAAACAAACUUUUUUUUUUACGUUUCUUUGACCUAAAACAUUUAUGUUGGACUUUAAUCCAGAGCCCGGGGGUUCAAAAGGAAGGUGGUCACAUGUAAACGGUCGGAUUGGAUCGAAUGUGACCAGCUUUAAACGAGGAGCGCUCCUCGUUUAAAGCUGGCGCUCAGAAUAAAUAACAGCAGGUGGACACGGCGCCCUAUGGAAGUCAUCUUUGGGCUUUUGUUAAAUAUCAAACGUUAAACAUUUAAUUUAAAGCAGCUGUGAGGAGGUUUCUGGUGUCGGUGGGUUUUGGCGCCCCCAUGUGGACAAAGUAUGUAACAAAGUCCUCAACUAGAGUCUCUGUUGAACUGGACUCGGGGGUCUUUAAAGGUUGAUUUAAUCCAUUUUCUCUUAAAGGACUUAAAACAUUUGCAUCCUGCACACUGUUCGAUCUGGCUCUGUCGUCGAGGUGACGCACGAAUGAAGAGGGAAUGUUAGCUUAGCAUGCUCUUGUUAGCGUCAUCGUCUGUCAGAGAGAGCUCGGACCAAUCAGAAGGAAGACAUUUGUUUCUGGGACGGCGCUGCUGUUUGUCGUCCUGUGACUGCUGUACUCAUGAAUUGUAAUCCAGCUGUAUUAUAGUAAAUACUGUAGAAUACUCGGACCUGUACAGAGACACCGAUUGUUCACUUCCUGUUUACUUCUCUCUGGUUUGCUAAUAAAAUACUCGACGAUACAUGGCUUCGACAUCGCUGUUUGCAUGUGUGACAGAUUUUCAACCCCGACAAUAAAAUCACUUCCUUCACUG